AUGAUUGGAGUGUAUAGAAAAGGGUAAAUAUCAGAUAUUCUAGGAUUUAUUUCAAAGCCAUUCAAUUUCAAGCUAUAUGAAUCAUUUAUCAAUUAGAAAGUGACAAUUAGUGAUAUUCAUAAGAAAAACAAGAAUAUCAUGAAUAUUUUGAGAAAUAUUUUAGAUCAUCCGUUUUAUAAGAAAAACGAUUUUAGUACAAAAGCUUAUGAAAACGAAAGACUCAAACACAUUAAGAAGAUAUUAGGAUUAAAUAGAUGGAUGAUUUUCUUAUGUUCUUAGUACAACUCACUUCCUUUGAUAAACAACUUAUAUAGAGUGAAUCGAAUGCAUUAAAAAUAAUAAAUUAGACGAAAGUUGAUCAGAAACAUAAAAAUUUUGAGAUAUCAGAAUAAAGAAAACAAGGUUGAUUGGUGCUAAUUUAGAUUGGUGAAGCUGUAAGAGAUCGGAAUUUAGAAUGUAAAUAUUAAUGGCAUGAAUAUUUAUGUAAUGCUACUAAUAAAUUGA